GUCGAUUUGCGACGAGUUUUUGCAGGCAUUACGGCAGCACCCGCGCUUGUACGUGGCGCCAGAGGCCUUAGACCGGUCACACAAAAGCGCUGCACCACCGCCGAACGCCGGCGGCCCUCAGCACCGAGCCUCUCAAGCACACAGCUCGGACACGAAAGCAGCCGCUGCGCCGCAGAUUAUAUACGCCGUCGCAGCGGCCCUACCAGUUCAACUGCACAGACACGCAGGACGCGGAAGCGCUGCGAGGCCGGGCCGACCGCGCGAAGGAUGGAGGCGAACCGCGACGCCGCGCUCAAGUGCCGCGCCCUCGCCGAGAAGUACCUGAGGGAGGGCAACAAGGCCAAGUGCCUCUCGCUCUGCGACAAGGCCGAGCGGCUCGCCGGCGGCUCGCUCGCCGGCGUCGAUCGGUUGAGGACGCUCGCGUCCGCGUCGACGGGCGGCGCCGCCGCCCGCGAGGCCGCCUCCAAGCCGGCAGCGACGCCGGCGAAGGCGGCCUUCACUCCCCAACAAGUCGAGGCCGUCAAGAAGGUGAUUGCGGCCAAAAGGCGCGGCCACUACGCCGUGCUGGGCAUCGAGAAGACCGCGGACGAAGACCAAAUCAAGCGGGCCUACCGCAAAUUGGCAUUGAAGUUCCACCCGGACAAAAAUAGGGCGCCCGACGCCGACGAGGCGUUCAAGUGCAUCGGUUUAGCUUUUGCUACCUUAUCGGAUAAAGAUAAAAGGCGCCACUACGACAUGUAUGGCGACGACGAGCCCGAGCCGGGCAUGGGCGUUCCUAGACGAAGACGCCCACCCGGCGGCGGCGUCUACGCCGACGAGAUGUCUCCCGAGGACAUUUUCAACAUGUUUUUUGGCGGCGGCUACCCGCAACAACACGUGCGACGGCGGACCCAACGGCGCGCGCCGCCGCCGCAAGACUGGCGCCAGCAGGUCGCGCAGUUGAUACCUUUGUUGUUUCUCUGUCUGAUCAUGUUCGGGAAUAGUGGAAGUCUGUACGACCCGCCCUUCUCCCUGAAGCGGACGGCCAAAUUCCGGCACGAGCGCCUGACGCGGUCUAGAGGGGUUGUGCCCGACAUUCGGUAUUACGUCGCGGACGGGUUUAGUGCCAAGCACGCGCGCGACGGCUACGCGCUGCGGCGGCAAGAACAAAACGUCGAGAGCGAGUACCAAACCCACUUACGCUACGGCUGCUUCAGCGCGCGCCAGCGGUAUAGCCAGUUCAAAAACGCCGCGCAAUUCUCGCCGCGGCGGCGGGAACUGAUGGAGCGCGCGGACGCGAUCGACAUGAGCGACUGCGAUUUGUUGGAGGAGUAUUUUGGGGUGCGGUAAUUUGGUGUGAUUCGA